UAGUCAUCGUAAACACCGUGAAUACCUCAGUCACAACUUUUUCUGGUUACGACCCUGGCAUCUACUUCACAUAUAUUUGACAUAUCUCAGCGGAAGGAAUGUAAAUAGACAUACUGCUGCCACAGAUACCCAGAGGCUGACCCCAGUGUAUGGCGACUGUAAGCAAUAAAAGCACUGACACAUAUAUGUUAUGAUACACAUAUACCAUACGAUAAUAUAUACAAAUGUAACAUUACCUCUUCAGAGGACCCCUGAAGUAGUUUAUGCAAUAACCUCUGAACUUUUACUUGCAACUCACUGUCACAUGGCAUUCUUGAAAGCCGGGCAUAUGAAUGUCAUUUAAGCGCGCGAUGCUUUGUUCAGUUCACGCGCUGAUUAGUUAAUGCAAAUAGGAUGACAUCAUUGAUUGCAUUGUCCUCACGUGAUAAUUAACAAGCGCGAAUUUAAGUCGAACAUUAACAACGAAAACUGCCCCGAUGAACUCGUGAAAGGCGGAGCGAUGGAUGCGGUACCCAGCAGCCGUUUUCUCAAGCUCGUAGCGUUGGGUUGCGGGGUAUAUGUGGCGAGGGAAUUGUGCGUUAUGUUCCUCGUGAAACCAUGGAACAGGGAAGAAAAUGGUUACGAAAGACCGCCACCUCGAGGAAAUUAUCCUGACCUGCGCCUCCAUAACAAUUUGAUGGCGAAUCACCUCACGCCAGAACUUUACGAGUCGUUGAGGCAUCUGACAACAGCUAGCGGUUUCACCCUUGACCAAGCUAUUCAAGUCGGUGUAGACAACCCUGGGGUGCCUUGGCAACGAACAUCCGGGAUCAUAGCAGGAGACUGUGAGUCAUACGAAGUGUUUGCACCUUUAUUUGACGCCAUUAUUCAGGAAUGUCAUGGACACAAGAAAAAUGAUUUCCACCCAAGAGACAUGGACAGCCGAAAGAUUAUUGAUGGUCAACUGAACAGUGAAUAUGUGUUGUCUGCUCGAUUGCAUACACGGCGCUCCAUCCGGGGCUAUUGUUUACCAGCAGCGUGCUCCCGGGGCGCCAGAAGGAACCUCGAGGGUCUCAUUCGUAUGGUGUUCAUGCGACUGGGAGGUGAGUGGAGUCAAGGUGAGUUUGAAGGCGAAUACAAACCCCUUUCUGAGUUUUCAGAGCCAAACAAUUCAGUUAAUGUUUCAUGUCAACCCACGUCACCGCUAAUCACGUGCUCUGGGCGUGCUCGUGACUGGCCCGAGUCACGUGGUAUAUUUCGCAACAAGGAUAACACCUUCGUUGUGUUCGUCAAUGAAGAUGAUCACGUGCAGUUCAGGUGCUUCGACAAAGGAGGCAAUUUGCAAGGCGUAUUUGAUAAGUUGAUUAGGGGCAUGGCAGCGUUUGAGAGAGAGCUGAAGAAGUCUGGAGAGGAGUUUUUGUGGGACGAUCACCUUGGUUACAUAGUGUCAGACCCAAUCCACCUCGGCAAUGCGCUUGACGUCAGAGUGCGCGUCAAACUGCACCAUCUUUCGACGGACCCAAGGCUCCGAUGGAUACUUACAUCGUAUAAACUCGAGAAGAGAAGAGCUGGGAUCUCUGAAGGGGAACUACUGUCUGGAGUCAUGUACAUCCACAGCACCCAGACACUUGGUGUAAGUGAGGUACAUUCUGUCCAGCGGUUAUGUGAUGGUGUUAAUCGACUCAUAGAGCUAGAGCGCAUGCUUGAACGAGGAGAAGACAUCGAUAACGCUUUGCCUACGCCCCAGAUUCCGCGCGGCCAAUUUGAAUUCAAGUUAUAGGAACUUGUGUUUAAUAUAUCGGAAUGCUAAUUAAGUUUUUUUUUCAUGUCAUUGAGUCGGAGAGGACAAAAAGAGUAUUAAGAAAAUAUUGUCUUUUCGUACCUUACUUUCUUACUAUAUACGGCAAAACUGUGGGAUCGUUCACUCAAAGCCAUUAUUUCACAGAACAUGCGUGUUGUAAAUUUAACUGGUCCAACAAAAUUAGAAGAAGAAGAGAGGAGAAGCAUUAAAGAAGUGUUUAUUAUUUAUCUUCAGUUGUUCUGUUUUGGGGGGAGCGAAAUAUCUUUAAUGUAGUCACGCAUGACUAUGGAUCAAUUAGUAAAAAGGUCAGUAGAAUUUAUUGUUGUUUGGUUCUGGUCUGAAGAAACAAACACGAGCCCGUAGUUUUGGGUCAGUGCCGUUGCUGAGUGACAUAUAACGCAUGCGCAUUUCGUCUGGCGAGUCCCAUGGCUUGUCUUGUCUGUGUCUAGUAAAGUAAGAAAGCUUGUUUGCUUUUACUUCUUCUGGUUGAAUAAAACAUGAGGUCGAGCUGCAAACGGUAUUCAAAGUGUCCUGUAUAAGACCUGGACUUAGAGCCCAUUUAUUGACGAAAGGCACUUCCAUCUCUAAUUUUUACCAGGGCUGGUUAGCUUUGCAUGAUCAUUUAGGUUGCCUUUUUAAUCAGUUUUGUUGUUGCAAAGGUAACUCUAGAGUAGUACUAGCUGCUCUUUCACGUUUGUCACUAAGCAACGUCUGCUUAGCAACUUGGCCUACCAAAACCGUGGGCUUACCCAUGGGUAGGAAAUGAUACUCUGACAUAUUAGUUUCUCAUACUGACUAUGCACAUGAAGUUCUCGUGUUGACACAGGUACGAGGUGAAUUGAAGUCCUUUGGAGAAGUUAAUUAUUCUAGCGUUGAACUGAAAGGUAACCAAAACGCUGGAAAUAAAGUGUACUUGGUAGAGACUUUUUAAAAAGAAAGAAUGAUGAAAGGAAUGUAAUUAUUGCACACUCGCCGCUAAGACCACACGUACUUCGGCAA